ACCGCAAACACAAAGACACAUAAUCGUCUCUCCAUGUACUCAAUAGCAGUAGGUGUAGGGGCAGCUGCAUUGCUGUUAAUUCUCUCUGUGUUAGGCUGCCAUUUUUUAAGGCAGAGAAAUCUACACAGUCAUGAAGAUGAUAAAAGAGGGCUUUACUCUAAAGCCACUGUGUCCAAACCUCUGCAUGGCCUCUCUCUGCUUGUUCCCUCACUGCCCGGACCGCCCUCUCUUCCCUUCCUUGGAAACAUGCUUGAACUUAGCCAAGACCAUUUGCCCUUAUACCUGACUGGACUGGCUCGUCGUUAUGGGAGUAUCUACCGUCUCCACUGUGGAAGCACCACAAUGGUAGUUCUGAACAGUAGUGAGGUUAUUCGUGAGGCUCUGGUUAAAAAGUGGUCUGACUUUGCAGGAAGACCGCAAUCAUACACAGCUGAUAAAGUGUCAGGUGGGAACUACUCCAUCUCUCUGGGGGAUUACAGCACGGAGUGGAAGUCCCACAGGCGCCUGGUCCAUAGUGCUUUACAGCAUUGUGUUGUUGAGUCUCUCCACUCUCUAAUUGAAGAGCAAGCGCUUCACCUCAAACAGGUGUUACUGGAUUAUAACAAGAAGCCUAUGGAUCUGUCUGAAGAUUUCACUGUAGCAACCAGCAACAUCAUUACAAUGCUAGCCUUUGGAAAAUCAUAUGAGAAGAACUCAGCACAUCUUGAGGAGAUUCAUGACUGUCUGAAUAAGAUUGUGUCUCUGUGGGGUUCACCAUGGAUCUCAGCUCUGGACUAUUUCCCUCUGCUCAGAAAGUUGCCAAAUGUUCCCUUUACCCGUCUAAUGAGAGAGGUUGCCAGAAGAGAUGAACUAAUUGGAGGACACUUAGAUGAGUUCAAGCAAAAGAAAGAUAGUAAAGAAGGUCAAGACUUUGCUGCACCCCUUCUACAGCACCUUCAAUCACCAAAGGGAGUCCAAACGAUGACUUUGACAGACAGCCAUAUACACAUGACUACAGUGGACCUGCUCAUAGGGGGGACGGAGACGACUGCUGCCUGGCUCAGCUGGACCAUUGCCUUUCUCUUACAUAGGCCAGAGGUUCAGACUAGCGUGUAUGAGGAGUUAAAGAGUGUGCUGAAGGGCCAGUAUCCUCGCUACAGUGACAGACACAGGCUGCCCUAUCUGAGUGCAGUGAUUAAUGAGGUGCUGAGAUUGAGACCUGUGGCUCCACUUGCUGUGCCACAUAAAGCUAUCAGAGACAGCAGUAUUGCAGGAUAUUUCAUUCCCAAGAACACCAUCAUUAUCCCCAAUUUAUUUGGAGCUCACCAUGAUCCAGCAAUUUGGGCUGACCCACACAGCUUCAGACCAGAGCGCUUUUUGGAAGAAGACGGAAGCUGUCUCCGGUCUCUAGUGCCUUUUGGAGGGGGAGCUCGGCUAUGCCUCGGGGAGUCUGUAGCUAAAAUGGAGAUGUUCCUCUUCACCGGCUAUCUGCUACGCGACUUUCAGUUUCUUCCUGCCAGUCCCGAGGAGCCUUUGCCUGACCUACGUGGCAUGGCCAGUGUGGUUCUUAAAGUCAAGCCAUACAGAGUUAUAGCGUGUCCUAGGGCCUAAUAAAUCACGGUAGUAAAUCUUUUGUGUUUGCUUUAGAAGUUAUGUAGCCCAAAUUUGUUAUCAGUAGGUAAACAGUAUAUGUUUAUAGAAUAUAUUACUUGAUUAUCUCAAAAUAAAUGUAUUGCUCCAAGUUCAUGACGAGGAGAUUUUUCUGCCGAAACCUUUAUUGUAAGUGAUGUUAAAACUGAUUUGAG